AUGGAAUCUGUCCUAGAAAAGAGGCAUGGCAGUACCCAUUUGGCCAACAUUCAGUAUGGGUACUAUGUUCUAGGUAUUUCAGUACUGUAUUUGGUUUUCCUGAUGCUAAUGCGGAGGGUUCUCUCGAGCAGACCGACGAAGAGUUCUGAUUCAAGGUUGAAGAAAAUUCUAAAUCUAGCUUUACCUCAUCAACCCGCCCUCCAUCUUUGCAUUAUUUGGAUAUUUCUACUCAUCCCGUUCUAUCGUCAUUAUUCCUUGAUACAAAAUGCUACAGUUUACAUAAAGCGGUUGGGCCGUUUAAGCUAUGUUCUACUCACUUUGAACUUAAUCCUCAAUUUGAGACCUAAUUGGCUGAUGUAUCCGAAUUAUACGUAUACCGAUUUUAUUCCAUUACAUAAAUGGUUAUCCCGUACAAUUGUUAUGGCCGCUGUAGUACAUGGUAUUCUAUUUAUUGUUUGGUGGGGAGUAAAUGAAGACAGAACAAUUUCGUCUCAAUUAUCCAAACCCAAAAAUGCUGUGGGAUUAGCCUUGAUGUGCGAAGUUGUCUUACUCAUUCUCUUCUCCCUAAAACCCGUCAGAAGGAUCAAUUACAACUUAUUUUAUGUGAUGCAUAACAUCUUCACUCUAAGUCUGAUUGUCCUUACAGCCAUUCAUGCCAGACCAGGGGUUGCUGCUCCUUACCUGAUCAUAAAUGCGAUUAUACUGGGAAUCCAUGCAUUCUCGAGGACUUUUUUCGCUAGAUCUAUUGACGUGCUGGAGAAAAUAGCAGAUUAUAGAAAUACCAAUCUGGUCACAGUUCAACUACCUCGAUCUGCACUCCCAGAGACCUUUGAGCCUGGUUGUCAUAUAAGGAUCAGUCCAUAUCGCCGAAUUAACCCGCUAUACUGGCUGUUGCCAUCACAUCCUUUUACUGUGGCUUCUCUUCUCUCAGAUCAAAGAGUAGAUUUGAUUAUAGCUGAGAAUAGACAUCCAAGAUCAUUCAGGCUAGAGUUGGGUUCUGGCUACACAGUCAUUAAUCACUACAAUCCUGCAGUUCCUCAAUCAUGUUUACUAGGCGCAAAACGGGUUAGCAUUGUUUGCGGCGGUAGUGGCAUUUCAUUUGGAUUGCCUCUAUACCGGUAUUUCAAAGAAAUUCACCCAGUUGAGUAUCUACAUUUAAUUUGGCUCGUAAGAGAUAAGCAUCAGCUUAAGAUACUUGAAGAUUCCCUUAGGGAUUCGUCUUUUGAUGGUAGCUCGGAGUUUCACAUAUUUAUUACGAGAAAUCCAGACAGCAUGGAGCAAGAGCAACAAGAAGAAGAAUUGCCAGAUCUUGAGUUUGAGCUAGAAUCUCUGAAUCCAGAGCAGCUGGAUGAAAAUGGGGCCAUCAAUAGCAGUGCCACCCUUUCUGCAGGCUUGAAAAUAAAAGCUGCCUCUAUCAACAUGGGAAGAAGAAUAAACUGGGCCACAGACUUAUCACAAUUUGUAGAUAACUCUCACUUGGAUAGUACUUGGCUGUUAACAUGUGGCCCUGAAACCUUGAUAGAAUCUGGACGACAGUAUGCCGCUGAUAAUAGUAUCAACUUUGCCUCAGAAAUCUACGCUUUAUAA